AUGGACAAUGCCCUCCUUCAACCACAAAGAUUUGGAAAACCUCUAUAUGUCCCUCUUCCCAAUCCAGAUGAGCAUGGUUUAAUCUUGACUGCUCUUGGUAGGAAGAAGCGAAUAGAUGUCAAUGUGGACUUGAUGGCAAUUGAAAGUGACAGUGCUUGUAAAAUUUCAGUGGAGCCAACCUAUUUGCUUUGCCACACCCAACUCACCCAACCCAAUAUUAAAACCCCUAUCCCUCCUUCAAACCCACUGAAACGUGAAAUCUUCUCUGCUUCAAAACAAAACUUCCUGCCUGCGGCCACUGGGGGAGAUUUCGAAGCUAUUGAAGAAUCCGGGUAUAGGAGGAGGUGUUUCGCGAACCUGCUUAUCGUACCUGAAGGAGAACUUCGCCAACCAUUCACCGGAAUUAAGCUAAGCAAUGACUCCAAAACAGAAACGAAAGGUCAAUUUUGUAGGAAAAAAACCAUGGCCACCAGGAGGCCAAGGAUUCCAUCGGCUCCUUCGUCGGCGCAUUGA